UAGAUUUAGGGUAAAGGCAGACGUGUAUCUCCGCGUCAAACGGGAAGUUCUCUACCAAGCAGCUGCUAACGCGAAAACGACCAGACACACGACCACCAGCAAACUGCGGAUUGUCACAGUGCGACCAGUUACUAAUGAAUUCUAAAGAGGAUGUCAACGGACUUAAUGUUAGACUUGGAAAAUCAACAAUAUCCAGCGAUGGCUAGUGAGACAGACGUUAUCUCCAUUGACCAGGGAGGAGAGUGGGACAUAAGCCUGUUCGAUGAGCUGGACAGCCUGGGAGAUGCAGAUGAGCUGCUGGAGGCCCUGCAGCAUGCUGGCUAUGCCAGUGAAUGUCCAGAUCUGGGCUUUGAUAUCAACAUCCCUCAGUGGAAUGAAGAGGACAUAGGCUACAUGUGCACAGAUGGUGGGAUGAGUGUGGACUCUCUGUCACCUGCCCACACCCUGAGCUCCGUGCCCUCCCCUGCCUCGGUGGAGGCCCUGUCCCCUUACUCUCUACAAGAUGAAGCUUUGUCUCCACAGUCACAACCCUCUCCCAUUUCAGUCUGCUCAGACUCCAGUGGCUUUUCUGAAGUCUCUUCACCACCUAGGAAAGUUCCAAAGAGGACCAACCAGGCCACACGGGCAAAACCAACACAGCCAGUCAAGAGGCCGAUUCAGAUCACCCCGAAGUUCCCCAUCCAGCCAAAACCACUGAUUACAGCUGUGCCGUUGGCUCCUGCAGCAGCUUCCCUGCAGGCCAAGACAAUCAUCAUCCAACCCCUACAGACCACUGUGCUCCCUGUGGUGAAACCAGCUCCAGUCACCAUCCAACCAGCACUCCCUCCAGGCCGCCCCAUCGUGCUGUCUCAGCCAGGCCAGGUGCUGCAGAUGCAGACGCCGCAGGCCAUCCCCGGCAGCGUGGUCGCCAUGCCAACGCUCAGCCAGGACAGGCCUGUCCCUGUCCCUGCCGCUGCCCCGGCAGUGGUGUCCGUCACGCUUCGAAGCCCUUCCUCCGAUGAUGACACGAAGUUUUCCCAGAGGCAGCAGCGCAUGAUAAAGAACCGCGAGUCAGCGUCCCUGUCACGGAAGAAGAAGAAAGAGUAUCUGCUGUCUCUGGAAUCUCGCCUGAAGCUGGCGUUGUGUGAGAACGAGGCGCUCAAGUGUGAGAAUGGCAACCUCAAGAGACAGCUGGAGGGCCUGCUGAGUGAGAACACAGUGCUAAAGACUACUGCACCUAAGAGGAGAGCGGUGUGCCUCAUGGUGAUCAUGGUGUUCGUCAUGCUUAAUGUUGGGCCUAUGAGUCUUUUCCAGGGUGGCCCAAGCUCCAAUCCUGACAUCGGUUCCAUGCAGCACAAUGGCCGCCACCUCCUGGGUUUCUCCUCAGAGCCAGACACGAAGGCUGCGAUGGACACUGAGCCCCUUGACUUUGGCCCCUCCGAGAUGCUCGACAGCUCUGAGGACAAGGCCCUGAUGGUGGUAAAUGACCACCUCCUCCUCAGACCUCCUCCCCCCUGCCAGCCUCCCGUUAACAGGACCAGGUGCAUAGAGUUGGCCCACGAGUUGAGGGGCUGGGUCCACCGUCAUGAAGUGCAGCAGACCAAAAUCAGGCGCAUGAGUAACGGCCACCACAAACCAACCAGGACCUUUCUGAAAACAAACAAUAAGGAGACUGCCCAGAUUGUGACUGUCCAGUACACGGAAACCGCUGAGGAGAAGAACCCUGGCAGUGAGCUGCAGGUGUAUUAUGCGCCUCAUCACACCUACGGCGACUUCUUUGAUGAGCUCAACCGUCGUGGUGACACUUUCUACGUCGUGUCCUUCCGCAGGGACCAUCUCCUUCUCCCUGCUACCAACCACAACAAGGGAAGUCGACCCAAGAUGUCCUUGGUUUUGCCAGCUAUGAACAUAAAUGACAGCAUCAUCAGGGACAAGGAGUUCGAGGUGAUGAUGCAGAUUGACUGUGAAGUGACGGACACCAGGAUCCUCCACAUCAGAUCUUCCACCAUCCCACCUUUGCUGCGGGUCAACCACACGAACACGUUUUACCAGCGCGCCCCGGUCAACGACAAGGCCGUGCCACCGGUCGGCGCGCUGAUGGGAUCCGCUUAAAACCACCUGCACCUUCGUCUCAUUUUGGUCUCCUCAACCAAGCGCACGAAGACCAACGCGAUGGCUCUUUUAAAACCAGUGUACAGUGUGUUCAUAAUUUGAAAGGAGAGAAAGCCUUUUUUUUUGUAUAUUAUCACUUUUUUUGUUAUUAUGUCGCAAUGAAAUUGGUCUUUUGCAUUUAAUCCAUCCCCUGGAGGAGCAGCCAUGUCAACAUAGAGCCUAUAAAACAAUUUGAUGAAACCAUAAAAUUUAUCCUAAAGUCAUGAACUUAGUGAUAUGAUUAGUUAUAUAAUAUUCUCUCACGCAUUUACUUGUAUAGAUGUAAUUAGACUCAUUACAUGUAGCGUUGGAGGUUCGCCCUAAACUCAGGAAGUCAGGUGAUCUGUGAAACAGGGUAAAACUCUGUUCCUCUGUUUUUAUAUUUAAUGAAGAAUUUUAAUUCUUACUUUUUAGGUCUUUGCACUGUGCAUCACUUGUAUCAACAGAGUCAGAGAAUGUAUUCUCGUAUUUAUGUCUUCUACUGUAUCUACUGCUGUGGCGUGAUGUAUGUGCCUGGUUCUGCUCUCACAUACAGUGUAGACGUGUAGAUUUCUGAGCAGCCUCUGUGUGUUUUGUUCUGACGACAAAGGACGGACGUUACUUACAUCAGAUGUUGCAUGUGACCAUGCAGGAAGUGCAUUGCACUUUUAUUUUCUACUCUGGAGUCUUUAUGAACUUGCAGCCUGUUCAGGUGUGUGGCGUUGUGACAGAUGUUAUAACAGAUGUUAUAAAAAUGCUAAACUUUUGUACUUUAUUACAAACUCUGCAGAAUUUCAGUAAAGCCUUAUAUUUGUUUGUAACCAGUUUUGACUACUUAUAGUUUUGGCCUCCAAAUAAUAAAUAAGUCGUGAACAUCGUAA